AUGAUUUUCAAACAAGAAUAUGAUCAUAUUGUUUAUCUUUUAGAAUAUUCUGAAGACAUAGAUAUUCAAAUAUUUAUCCAUCAAGUUUUUCAAAAUGUUCUUAAACGAAAAUCACGUCAUGAAGAUAAAAUAAGAGUUGUACUUAUGGAUGAAUUAUUUUUAAAUAUAUUUAAACCAAAUAACCGAAUGUUAUCAAUAAAUGAUCUUCCAAAUUUAUUUGCAUUUUUUUUUAUAGCCAUUGAUUCAUUUCAACCAUCAUGUCAAGUUAUAUUUCAACAAAUUAAACUUAAAUGCGUACACAAAGGAAUGAUCUUGAAGAAUUUAUUGAAUUUCUUGAAGCUGAUGUUGCAAAUGCAGUAG